UUGCCUUGGUUCAGCAUCUACUUCGACCGGUGGUUCGGGGCUUUGACUUAGGGAGAAUGAGAAGAUCCGCUCGGCUCUACAUUUCCUCGCUUGUCUGAGCUAGAAAGAGGGCAAAAACGGAACCGGGACAGGAUCAAACAAACACAGCUCAUAUUCCCUCCUUCUCUUGCUUGACUCAAAACAGCCGAACCGGCAAAUUCAACAUCGAUUACUAUUGCAGUGAUUUUUUUAGUGAUACAAGCCUACACUAGGACCAUGUCAAGGAAGGAAGUCUAGAUUCAAGAUAUGGGGUGCGUGAUUAGUCGAGAAGUCUCGUCUGAAAUAACUUCAGAGGUGAAAGAGGAGAGGAAUUUGAGUGCUCAACCGAACGGGAAGAUAGAUGAGAGCACCACGGGGACAGCUGAGGGAGAAGUGGUUGAGGUUCAGAACGUUGGCAACCGAAAGGAAGAGAAAGAUGGUGAUGAUGGGGCCCAGGUUGAGCAGCCCCGCAGCAGAAGGAGAAGGUCAAAGCCAAACCCAAGGCUAAGUAACCCUCCAAAGCAUUUGCGGGGGGAGCAAGUAGCAGCUGGGUGGCCCCCCUGGCUUACGGCAGUGUGUGGAGAAGCACUUAAUGGGUGGAUUCCUCGGAAGGCUGACACAUUUGAGAAAAUUGAUAAGAUUGGGCAAGGAACGUAUAGCAAUGUGUACAAAGCUAAAGACAUGUUGACUGGUAAAAUUGUUGCAUUAAAGAAGGUUCGAUUUGAUAAUUUGGAGCAUGAGAGUGUGAAGUUCAUGGCCAGAGAGAUUCUUAUUUUGCGGCGAUUGGAUCAUCCCAAUGUUGUAAAAUUGGAAGGUUUAGUUACAUCAAGAAUGUCCUGUAGUUUGUAUUUGGUGUUUAAUUACAUGGAGCAUGAUUUGGCUGGACUUACUGCAAGCCCAGGAACCAAGUUCACUGAGCCUCAGGUCAAAUGUUACAUGCACCAACUAUUAUCAGGACUCGAGCACUGUCAUAACCUUCGAGUACUUCACCGUGAUAUUAAAGGAUCAAAUCUUCUUAUUGACAAUGAAGGAAUACUUAAGAUAGCUGACUUUGGAUUGGCUUCUUUCUUCGAUCCUAACCGGAAGCUGCCAAUGACUAAUCGUGUAGUUACACUUUGGUAUCGACCUCUUGAGUUGCUUCUUGGUGCCACAGAAUAUGGUGUGGGAGUGGAUCUUUGGAGUGCAGGUUGCAUUUUGGGAGAGUUAUUGGCAGGAAAGCCAAUUAUGCCUGGUCGCACAGAGGUGGAGCAGCUGCAUAAGAUAUACAAACUAUGUGGUUCGCCCUCAGAUGAGUACUGGAAGAGGUCAAAGUUGCCUAAUGCUACCUUGUUUAAACCUCGAGAGCCUUACAAGAGAUGCAUACGAGAGACUUUUAAAGAUUUUCCACCUUCUGCACUUACACUUAUGGAUAAUCUUCUUGCGCUUGAUCCAGCAGAACGGAAGACUGCAUCAGAUGCCCUAAGAAGUGAGUUCUUCACCACAGAACCUUAUGCCUGUGAUCCUUCUAGUCUUCCCAAAUAUCCACCAAGCAAGGAAAUGGACGCUAAACGACGAGAUGAUGAAGCAAGGAGACAACGAGCUGCAGGCAGAGGUCAGGUUGAUGGCUCAAAGAAACUCCGAACACGUAAUCGAGCUAAACCUAAUCCUGCUCCUGAAGCCAAUGCUGAGCUUCAAUCCAAUAUUGAUAGAAGGCGUCUAAUAACUCGUGCAAAUGCGACGAGCAAGAGUGAGAAGUUCCCACCACCUCAUCAAGAUGGACAACUUGGCUUUCCUUUGGGAUCUUCACGUCACAUUGAUUCAAAUGUCGUUCCUCCUGAUGUCUCUUUCAGUUCAACUUCAUUUACCUAUUCAAAAGAACCAUUCCAAGCUUGGUCAGGCCCCAUUGCGGCGCCCAAGCAGAAGAAACACGCUUAUCCUGGUGAUGCGGUGGAUUUAUCAAAACAACGUACAAAUGCCCUCAAGGAUAAACGUUAAAGGCAAGAAAUUCGUAGCUUAGUUAUAUUCAUUGCAUUGUAUAGAAUCAAGUCAAGAAAUUUCCUCGUCUUUGCUGCCAUAUUUGAGUUGGAGUCCAAAAGGCGCCAAAUCUGACCUGUCAUCAGGCCCGUUGCUUGCCUGCUUCCAGAAUGGAGUGUUGCUUAACUCAAGUGCAAGGGUAAAAUCUUUUUUUCCCAACCACACCCUUUUCUUUCUCCUAUUUAUCUACUUUUUUGUAUAUUGCUUUAUAUGGAUUUAUAUCCGCUCUUCUAUGUUCAAUUUGUUGAUAGAGUGAACAAAUUCCUAUAUGAUGUACAUAGCGAUCAUAUCAUUUCUAGUGAGUUCCACGUGUUAAUAUCGGAGUACUUUUUAAGGAAGUUGGUGGAGAUAAAUCCUUGAGAUACUGUUUUGUCCUUAGUCCGUUAGAAAGGUAGCGCUCUGGUGCUACAGAUGAACACUGAAAUGGGGGUCGGUUUCUUCAAACCCUGCACCCAAAAUCCUUGAGGACGAUACUGUCAUCCCAGAAAGUAUCGGAGUAUAAUGUUCGAGUUGGGGUUCUUAUUUGUCUCCCGAAGUUUUAGCUUCACCAAGUGACCCAUGGUUGCAGUUUUUGACACAGAGAUCAGGUCAACUAUAACGCUCUUCAAACAACUCGAAAUCCGAUUUGUAUUGUGGAGCGUGCGUGGUGAAGAUGAGAAGACGAACAUUGUUCUCUAUACUCUGUUUACAAAUUGUGUACGAUCUAGUGGUGAUUAGAUUGAUAAUUUGUCACGAAUUAGAAACGAGAAUGUAUAUGAAAAUUUAUUGUUCAAAGGAAAAAUAGGAAGAAAAAACCAA